AUGGUCAUUCUUCCGCUCGCUCUCUACCUCAGGUAUAGUAUGCUGGCAGGGACAGGGAAAUGCUGCGUCCUCGGCACCUUGUACGUAUCAGAAACAGGUAGGGCGCGUGAUAGAUUGUCGGAUUGGCGUACGGAGAGUCGGUCCAAUUUGACUGGUAAGUUGUCGCUCAGGAAGGACGAAGGUUAUGUUGGAAGGCAACACAAGAUGAAGGAGAGUGACCAAGAAAUUUGA